AGAAAAAGAAAAAGAGAGAGAACAAUAAUAUAUUACAAAGGCAGAAACGGAUCAGUUUGAGAAACGGAUCGCAUUUUCUCUGCACUUAAAACGAGUUGACCCAGAAACCCUACGAAAGAAACGCCAGGUUUCGAUACGCUCGAAUCUGCCCCGCCAAAAACAAAAAGCCCGCUCAUCAUUUCAGUUGUCACCAACCAAGCUUGAAAGAAUGUCAUCAGAAUCUGAGAAGUGGGGAUGGCAGCAUGUUAGCAUAUUUGGUAGGUUUGACAAAGGGAGUGGUACCAAAAGGUGGAGAUGCAACCACUGUAACCUACGGUACAAUGGAUCUUAUUCACGUGUUAGAGCCCACCUACUUGGGUUUACUGGUGUUGGUAUUAAAAGCUGCCCAGCAAUAGAUGGGUCUUUAAGAGAAGCAUUUCAUAUCUUAGAGGAAGAACGCUUAACUCGUAAGAAGAAAUUAACUUCUGGGAGUGCAAAGCCUAGCAAGCGCAUUCGGAUUUCACGAUCAACUCUUCCCGACACCACUAAAGAAGAUAUGGAUGAAAUAGUAGCUAGAUUUUUCUAUGUUCAUGCUUUGAGUGUCAAUGCUGCCAACUCUCCAUACUUUCUUGACAUGGUAAAAGCAAUUGGUUGUUUUGGUCCUGGAUAUGAACCCCCAUCAGUAGAUGAGCUUUCUGAUUCUUUUUUAAGUAGAGAGAGAGGAAGGAUAGAGAAAUCUUUGGCUCUAGUUAGGGAGUCUUGGCCUCACACGGGAUGCACAAUAUUGUGUGUUGGUUGCUUAGAAAGCAUGCUGGGUUGCUUCCACAUCAAUAUAUUCAUCUCCAAUCCAAGAGGACUUAUGUAUCUAAAAGCAGUAGAUAUAGAUGACAUUGACGGAGCAGACAAUGUAUUUUCAGGUGUCCUUGGUGAUAUUAUCAUGGAAGUUGGGCCCAGAAAUGUGCUGCAGAUAAUCUCUCAUCUAGAUGACACUAGUAAAUUAUCUGAUUCACUUAUGUUGUCAAGUUUUCCUCAUAUAUUUUGGUCUCCUUGCACUUCAAACUCUAUAUGCAUGUUGAUGGAAGAAAUAGCAGAGAUGGAUUUGUUAAAACCUGUUGUCCUAUGUGCUAAGGAAAUUAAGCAUUGCAUUACUACAUACCAGCAGUUUUCUCCAUGUAGUUUCAAUCAAAAUAUGGAGGGAAGCUCUGAUCCACCAUCUAUGAAGUUUGCACCUUCCUUCUGCAUUGUCCAGAGGAUUUUUGAGCUCAAGCGACUGCUUCAAGAGUUAGUUAAUAGUGAAGGGUGGAAGCAAUGGAAGAUUAGUAAUCCAGAUGACAUUUUAAGUAUUGAAGAAGCCAUUUUAAGGGAUGAUUUCUGGAGCGAUGCAUAUUUGCUGUUGCAAUUGUUUGAGCCAUUCGUAAGAUUGAUUGCUACCCUUAAUGUUGAAAAACUUGUCAUGGGUGAUGUUUGUGAUUGGCGGGUGCAGGCUCUUGAAGCUUUGAGGAAUAAGGGUAUUGAUGAAGGCACAGUAAAACAAUUGGAAGAGCUGAUAGAGAACAGAUGGGAUGUGUUAUUUUCUCCACUUCAUGCAACUGGUUACUUACUGAAUCCUCGGUACCAUGGAAAAGGUCAAACCAAAGAUAAAGUUGUGAUGAGGGGUUGGAAAGCCACCUUAGAAAGAUACGAGUCUGAAAGUGCAAACAGGCGGGGUCUUAGAGAACAGCUCAGCUCUUACUGGCGGCUGGAGGGAUCCUUGGGAGAUGAAGAUGCUGUCGAUUGUAGGGAUAAAAUGGACCCAGUUGUAUGGUGGGAGAACUUUGGUUUCGAAACACCUGAAUUGCAGACACUAGCUAUAAAAGUUUUGAGUCAGGUUUCAAGCAUUGCAAUGUGUCAAGAGGUCUGUCAAGAAUAUGACUUUCCUGGUCCAGAAACAUCCAACAGAAUGAGAGUGGAGAGAGUGGAGGAUCUCGUCUUUGUCAGAAACAACCUCAGACUCAAUAGCCAAAGAAAUGGGAUCUCAAACUCCUUUUCUGGUGCAAAAAAUGCUAUUUUAUGCUCUCCAUCUGAAGCCAAGACAUGGGAUGAUUCUCAUAUUGAUCAAACUAAGGUUACUUAUAGCCAAAGUAUUCAUGACAAAAUGUGCUAGUUUUCAUCAGUUCCUACGGUAGAUACAUUGGAGCCACUUACGAUUGGGGUGACAUUCUGCAAAGUUCAGCUGUUAUAAGCAAGUUGCUUUGCUUUGCCUGGAAUGAGGCUGCAACUGGUGUACAGAUAUUUUCUUGCAACUGUAGAGAUAUCUUCUCAUAUAUCCUUAUAGAGUCAUAUCUGUUGUUUUCUAAGAUGUAGGAUAGUUGGACUGUUAUGAUCGGAUAUAUUAUGCUGGGAUUUUAAAAUUUUCAGGUUUUUGUGUGGCUUUGCUCUCUCUGUGCAACUUCUGGACUUCGGCUGUACAGAUGCUUGAUGCAUCUGUGAUCUUGUGUUAAAGAGAGACGACAAUAACCAUCCCACCACAUUAAAAAGACCGUGAGUUGAAAAAGCAGAACAUCCAAGGCAGCAUCAGUAGUACAGGUGCGAAGAAAGUGCUGAAGUAAGUUGGAGAUAAAAUUCAAGGAGUGGCGAUAAAUCUGACUUUUAACAAAUGGAAAAGCUAUCGUUGCACUCAAUGGUGACAUCGUCAUUGAACCCUCCCAGCUAGUGGAUAGAGAUGAACCAAGGUUUUGGAAAGAAGCAUCAAUGUAAGUGUGGUUAUGGUUUCUGUUGUUGGAGUGUAAAUGGAUUUAAUUUUCUAUAAAUGGGAUAUAUUCCUUGGUGGUGUUUAAGAAUUGGAGAGGAUUGGCCUGGUGGUUGGUUUAGCUUGAGAUAAUCUCAGAGAGCUGUAUUGAACUGAAACUGAUUGAACUGCUCAGGGUAUCUUCGAGGAACUUGCCAGUAGCUGUUGGAAGUGUAUUGGCUUUUGGUUUCACUGCUUGAACAAACAUCUACUAGACUUCUGGCCUCUGCUUCUCGAUGAAGAAGCUGGCUAACUCAAUGCAUGGAAUUUUCAUUGUGAUGCUCUGAUCUCCAUGCCCUGCCUCUGCUGCUGUGUCCCAAGUUCCCUUUCUAGCUGCUAGAUUGGGGGUGUAAUCACACAAUUAAUGGAGACUAAUUAGUCUACUAAAUUAAAUUAGUACCAAGAGAAGGAAAUGAGCGUGGAAUUUUAUUGAAGGCUGCUUCAAGAAUGUCAUUUCUGAAAAUGUUGUAAAAUUGGUCAAAGUUUUGAGAACCAGAAUGAGUGCUAAAACCAGAAUAGAGGUGACCAAAUUAUUCUCUGGAUAAAAAA